UCAGAAUCGGAGUGCGUAUCGUUAAAAAAAAAAAUAUAUAAAUUUUAACAAGCUCAAAUUUGAGUGUGCGAAUCAAGCGUGAAAAACAACCGAAAUGGAUCCUAUUCUAAAGACCCUUACCGAGACCAUGACCGUGGAGGCCAUCGCAAUCAUCAAGGCCAAGCGCUUGGCGAUGAAGCAGAGCGUCGAUAAGAACGCCAUGCAGAUGAGGGCCCAGGAGCGGGAGAAGGGUCGUAAUUUGGAUAACAUGCAAAAGGAACUGGGCAGGCGGGCCAUGAAGCGGGAGCGACCGUGCCGCGUUUUCGAGGAGCAGCUGCUGGGCGAGAAGGAGAUGACGACUGCUCAGGAAUACCUCAAACUGGCUCACCAUUCCAUGAUGCGUAGCUUGGACUCUACGGUGCCGGAAUUAUCACAGCUGGAAAUGCCGCCCCCGCCGGAGAUCAUGACAGAGCCGCCUUGGCCAAAGACCAAGUACAAUCGCUAUGGCCAGGAGAAAUUCCUCAAGGCACAGCAAGAGUUCGGCAUAAAUCCGCAGGGCAGCAACUUGGAGAAUUGCGCGACUUUUCACGAAAGUCAAAAGGACAAGCGCAACCGAUCUGUGAGUAGGGAAAGCAUUGAAAGGUCGAGAAGCAACAGCAAGGAUCGUCGCUCAUCGAAGCUUUACGCACGAAUGCCCAUCAUUGUGGUUCCGGAUGCAAUGACCAGCAUGAUCAGCCUGAACAAUAUCAAGACACUGCUCGAGGAGUUGCACUACGAGCCAGAGCGUAACGGCCGGCAGUCUAACCCUCCUGAGUGUCGGCCCAAGGAGGUCAUAGUCGAGCAUCGAUUUCAGAACGAGCUUGUUAGCUACCGGGUCAUCGACAACGUGACCAACCUAACACCCGUCGAAUGGGAUCGGGUGGUCGCCGUGUUCGCCAUGGGACCCAAGUGGCAAUUCAAGGGCUGGCCGGAUGGCGCUGACCCCGCCGCCAUCUUCCACAAGGUCUGCGCCUUCCAUCUGCACUUUAGGAAUACGCCGAUGUGCCCGGAGCUGACCAAGCUGCAGGUGCACUCACUGGCUCUCUCGCCCACCGAGCGCCAUUCGGACAGCGGCAUCAUUAUGGAGUUCUGGAACAGAGUGGACCGACACAUGGCCGUCCAUGCCCGUCAGUUUGCGUUUAUCUGGCAAAAGUAGGGUUCUUGUGAUUACAUUCCCCCUGGCGCACAUACAUACAUAGAUGCCAGAUAAGCAGGGAAAUCAAUAAGUGAAAUUGAAUAAGCCAGAACAAAGGACGAAGGACAAAGAGUGACAACACACACGCACACACACACACACACACACACACACACACACACACACACACACACACACACACACACACACACACACACACAUGGGGCGUUGCUGCGUUAAUAAAAAUUGAGCGAAACGGGCGCAUCAGAGAAAU